CGUUGCGUGUGGUUUGUGGUGGCUUGUUGCAGUUUGUGGCGGUGUGAGAGUUUAUGGGUGCUGCGAAAGGAGAGAACGUGUGUGCCUCGCCGUCGCCGGAAAUCUCGAAGGAAGUGGACCCCAGCCAUGCCUCCGAGACCUUGCGCAUCGUUAACGCUAUGGGGGCUGCCACCCCCAUUCCCGCUAACUGCAACGCGCGUGGCUUCUACGACGCUUUCCUCCGAAGCUUCAUCAAGGUCGAUCACAUCCAACGUGGAAGAAUUUCAUGCACUGUUGUUGCCAAACCACCCAUCUGUAAUCGCUAUGGAACUCUGCAUGGAGGUUCUGUUGGGUCCUUGGUUGAGAUUUUAUCGAAUGCUUGUGCUAGAACUGUAGUUGCCAAGGACAAGGAACUUUUUCUUGGGGAAAUCAGCAUUUCUUACCUCUCUGCCACUCCAGCAAAUGAAGAAGUGCUAGCUAAUGCCUCUGUGGUGAAGACUGGGAGAAAUUUGACUGUUGUUGCAGUUGAAUUUAAACUGAAGAAAGCUGGGAAUUUGCUCUAUAUUACUCAUUCUACCUUCUAUAACAUGCCAGUUGCCAGUUUAUGAAUAUUUAGCUGUCUGGUGGACGUUGUUCUGCAGUUCGGUUUUAAUGUUUUCCAUGACAAAAUUCUUCAAAAUAGGCCGAUUCAUAUCAACAAUAGAUUUAUAGUUUGCAAUAAUCAUAUAUUUAUUGGAAAAGAACAGGAAUGUAAUGUUAUUUUUUUUCUUUUUCUUUUUUCACUUUGGUUUUGAGCUUGAAUUGCAGGAGAUAGAACUACUUUCACUUGUUGCAAAGCGAAUGACCAACAAAUGCAUUUUUUGGUUUUACAAGUUAAUAAUGCUGAA